AUGAUCACAUUCCAGCUUAAAACACAUAUUAGUUCUAGGACUAGUUACUUGAUUCCUGCAGAUUAUAAAGACAUUAUGCAAUAUUAUGAUAUAAAGUUCAAACCUUUAGCUCAGUCAACAGUCACUCAAUAUAUGAAUGUUAUAGAUAAGCAGAAUGAAGAGCAGGUCUUAAGUUAA